UGGGGAGGCUCGCGUGCGGCGAUUGGCCGUGAGGACUCGGGGGCGGGGCGCAGGGUCCUGCGAGAUUCCGUGCCUGUUGUCGGGCCGCUUGUUUGGCUGCUGCCGUCACCUCAUGGCGACGCGGGUAGAGGAGGCAUCGCGGGGAAGAGGCGGCGGCGCUGAAGAGGCUGUUGAGGCCGGACGGAGCGGACGGCGACGCAGCCCGCGGCAGAAGUGUGAGAUGGGCACCAUGGAAGAAGCCGGAAUUUGCGGGCUAGGGGUGCAGGCGGAUCUGCUGUGCAACUCCCAGGCACACGGUAUUCUGCAGCAUCAAGACUCCAGUUGUGGCCCAAGUAACCAGCAUCCUCUGGAAGAGGAUGAAGGCAGUGACUUUAUCACCAAGAACAGGAACUUGGUGAGCCCAGCGUACCUCGCCAAGGAGUCGAGAGAGGCCAUUCCCGGGCGGGAGACUCGGACCGACCCCCCUGACGGCCAGCAGGACUCGGAGUGCAGCAGGAGCAAAGAGAAGACCUUAGGAAAAGAAGUUUUGUUACUCAUGCAAGCCCUGAAUACCCUAUCCACCCCGGAGGAGAAGCUGGCAGCUCUCUGUAAGAAGUACGCUGAUCUCCUGGAAGAGAGCAGGAACGUUCAGAAACAAAUGAAGAUUCUGCAGAAGAAGCAAGCCCAGAUCGUGAAAGAGAAAGUUCACUUACAGAGCGAGCACAGCAAGGCAAUUUUGGCGAGAAGCAAACUAGAGUCUCUUUGCAGGGAGCUUCAGCGUCACAAUAAGACCUUAAAGGAGGAAAAUAUGCAGCAGGCACGGGAAGAGGAAGAACGGCGUAAAGAGGCAACGGCACAUUUCCAGAUGACUUUAAACGAGAUCCAGGCCCAGCUGGAGCAGCAUGACAUUCACAACGCCAAGCUCCGCCAGGAGAACAUGGAGCUGGGGGAGAAGCUGAAGAAACUCAUUGAGCAGUACGCGCUGAGGGAAGAGCACAUCGACAAAGUGUUCAAGCAUAAGGAACUGCAGCAGCAGCUCGUAGAUGCCAAACUUCAGCAGACAACGCAGCUGAUAAAAGAGGCUGAUGAGAAGCACCAGAGAGAACGAGAGUUUUUACUAAAAGAAGCGACAGAAUCGAGGCACAAAUACGAACAAAUGAAACAGCAAGAAGUACAGCUAAAGCAGCAGCUCUCUCUCUAUAUGGAUAAGUUUGAAGAAUUCCAGACUACUAUGGCAAAAAGCAAUGAACUGUUUACAACCUUCAGGCAAGAAAUGGAAAAGAUGACAAAGAAAAUUAAAAAGCUGGAAAAAGAAACAAUAAUAUGGCGCACCAAGUGGGAAAACAAUAACAAAGCACUUCUGCAAAUGGCUGAAGAGAAAACUGUCCGUGAUAAAGAGUACAAGGCCUUUCAGAUAAAGCUGGAGCGGCUAGAGAAGCUGUGCAGGGCUCUUCAGAUAGAGAGAAAUGAGCUCAACGAGAAGGUAGAAGUCCUCAAAGAGCAGGUCUCGGUCAAAGUGGCAGAUGGGGACUUGGUGGCACCGACACCACAGCCUUGUGCUGCCCUGGAUGCUCACGAGGAGCCGAACACUUCCUCCCCAGGAGCCCCAGGCCUGCAACUGGAGGCCCAGGCCGCAGGGGCUGAUGGAGGUGAGGGCGGCACUGAGCCACAGAAGCCCCAGGGCCUGGGCCCCGCUCCAGGUGUUGGAGCCCCCUGCGUCGAGUCCGUUGACUAA